UUUUGUGUGUGGUUGUUUAUAGCAAGGAUUAAGGUACACGAGCUAAGGAACAAAUCAAAGAAAGAGCUUUUGAGCCAGCUCAAGGACUUAAAAGCUGAACUUUCUCUACUUCGUGUAGCCAAGGUCACUGGUGGUGCCCCCAACAAGCUCUCCAAAAUUAAGGUGGUGAGGCUAUCGAUUGCACAAGUGUUGACAGUGAUAUCCCAGAAGCAGAAGGCUGCAUUGAGGGAAGCCUAUAAGAAGAAGAAGUUUUUGCCUCUUGAUCUCCGCCCCAAGAAGAUCAGAGCUAUUCGCCGCCGCCUUACCAAGCACCAGCAAUCGUUGAAAACAGAGAGGGAGAAGAAGAGGGACAUGUACUUUCCAAUGUGGAAGUAUGCCAUUAAGGUGUGAGCUUGAAAUUUUCAUUAUCU